AUGUUGCAUCCCGAAAUGCUCUUUUGGGACAUGCCCAAGCAUUACCGAGAGGGCGGCGAUAGCGUUGUGAAGCGUCAGCAUGCUGUUGGCGAGGGCAGAGAGCCACACCAAAGAAGUAUCCGCAACUUGGUGAAGAGCAUCUGCUGUUGUGAAGACGUCUUCGUCCGAGUGUCAUGGUGGCUUCUGGGACCGGUACCCUUGGAAGAGUUGGGUCUGGGUUGGAUCUUCAUCUUUCGAAACCUGGUGAGAGCGAGGAUCAACCGGACCAAGUCCUAUGAGUCAACGCUCCAUCGGGCUCCUAUCAGUGGAAGUCUUCCACCUAUUGGUUUGCCGAAGAAGAUAAGCGACGAUGCGAGCCACAGCAAUCACGACAUGCCACACAUACCGCCCCUCAUCAACAUUGCCCGCCAGGUUGGCAUCGACUUAACAUGA